AUAUUCAUGGAGUUCAGUAGGAUAGUUGGAAAGAACCUGAAGCAAGAAUUCUACCAGGCCAUCGAUCGACACAGUCCUCGUCUUAUUGAGAUUUUUCGAGCCAAGACAGGGAAUGCUGGCCAAAUGUUGACACAGCUUUCCCAACAGACCAAGACUGCAGAGCCAACUGAUAUUCGAACACUGGUGCUCAGAGGACUUCCUAUUAUCCUUGGUGACAAACCCACAGACUUCUUCAAACCAACCUUUGACCGGGAUGAUAAUGACCCAUUCUGCAACGUUGACAUUGGGAUCCUCCUUGUUGAACCUGAAGGCGCUGACCCCUCAUCUUCCCUGCAUCUCAGUCCAUCUUCACUGAAAAUUAUCAUUGAGGGAGAAGCAGUGAUGGACAACAUUCAAGACCUGCCUAAAGCUAUGUGCAUUCUCUUUGGACUAAUAUAUGCCAUGCAUCUCAACUACCCCAGAUCAAUGAAGUACACUUUCCAGUUCAUCCAACAGGUACUUCUUGAGCUGGGCCACAGUGAACUAAAACCAAAGUUACAGACUUUGAAAAACCAGCUUGCUAUGUAAAGAAAUAUUGCCUUGUGUCAGUGAACAGUCAAGGCAUCCCCCUGCAUA